GAAUUGACCUUGAAUCCAUUUUUAUGACUUGAUUUUCAUGGAAGUAGACUAAGCUCCUGCAAAUUGAAAAAUUACAUAAUUCAAGUAACUAAGUGAUUUAACGCAUAAAUGCCGUACCUAAGGAUUGAGACUAAUAUCCCCUCUGAGGAUAUUUCGAAAGAUUUACCUUCUAAAUUAUGUAAUAUCAUUGCUUCAUCACUGGGGAAACCCUUAAGUUAUUGUGUGGCAACGAUUGUAGGGGGUGUCAAUAUGUCCUGGGGUGGAUCUAAAGAACCAGCGGCGCAGGCCACUCUGAUGAGCAUAGGUGCCUUGGGAAGGGAUGAAAACAAAAAAAUCUCUAAGGCAAUCUUUGAGGCUGUGGGAAAAGAGUUGAAUCUACCCAAUGAUAGGAUGUAUAUCACAUUUAAUAAUGUUAAGAGUGAGGAUGUUGGUUACAAUGGUACCACCUUCCAUGAUAUUUUUGGAAGCUAAAUAUUAUAUCACUUACUUUUUAUGAUAUAAAUUUUGAAUUGCAAAUAAAAUAUGAGGACCUCUUUCCCUGAA